AUGGACAGUGUGGCUGCUCGUAUUCCCCCUCAUAAGGACUGGGGGCCUGGGCACUGCACGCUGUUUAAGGCAAAGACCAGUCUGAGGACAGUUGUUGCCUCUCGGGCAGCUGGGCCCAUUAAGGAAGGGUCUUUGCCUACACAGGUAUCUUAUCGUGCCAAGCAAGGAAUGAUCCACUUCGCUGUGGUGAAGAUAGCAGCGGUUUGGAUUCUGGCCUUCCUUCUCUAUGGACCGGCCAUCUUGUUCUGGGAGCAGCUGACAGGCAGGAGUCGCGUACCAGACAACGAGUGUUUUGCUGAGUUCUAUUACACCUGGUACUUCCUGCUUUCUGCUUCAGUGGUCGAGUUUUUCUCACCUUUUUUAUCAGUGGCUUUCUUCAACAUCAGCAUCUACCUCAGCAUCCGUCAGAGGAGACUCGGCAGUAAAAAAGAAUCCUGUCCUCCAAAAUGCCAGGAUGCUGCAGCUCUACAGGGGAAGAAGACCCGCAUGAGCGUACGAAUCUGCUGGAACUCACAGACACUCAAAAAGACAAGCGCUUCAGACAGCGAGAAGCGCUCGGAAAGCGACGGUCUGUCAAUGCGGUGUGUUCAGCGCUCACGUCUAAGGCAGGACAAGAAGAUUGCUAAAUCUUUGGCAAUAAUCGUGUGUGUUUUCGCAGUGUGCUGGGCACCGUACACUCUGUUAAUGAUUGUGCGAGCGGCGUGUAGAGGUGACUGUGUGGCACACCACUGGUAUGAGGUGACGUUCUGGCUGCUGUGGCUGAACUCAGCAAUCAACCCAUUCCUUUACCCUCUGUGCCACAGCAGCUUCCGUAGGGCCUUCUUCAAGAUCCUGUGUCCACGGCAGAGGUCCACCAUACCCCUGACAGACCAUCCAUCCAGCACACACAGAUAGUCUGAAUGAUCUAAGGACACCACACAUGUAUUAAAGACAGUGUAAAAAAAGAGGAUUUAAGUGCCUAUACAUUUAAAGGAAUGUUCCCGGUUCAAAACAAGUCCGUUGACAGCAUUUGUGUAGCAUAAAAAAAAGCCACUAGACUUUAACAUAAUGGCCCGGUUUCACAGACAGGGCUUAGCCUAUAAAGCAACGAGAAUACUUUU